AUGGACGUGGACGCUGAGGAGAAGCGCCAUCGCACACGGUCCAAAGGGGUUCGAGUUCCUGUGGAGCCAGCCAUACAAGAGCUGUUCAGCUGUCCCACUCCAGGCUGCGACGGUAGCGGUCACGUCAGUGGCAAAUAUGCACGACAUAGAAGUGUAUAUGGUUGUCCCUUGGCUAAAAAAAGAAAAACGCAAGACAAACAGCCCCAAGAACCUGCUCCCAAGCGAAAACCAUUUGCAGUAAAGGCAGAUAGUUCCUCAGUAGACGAAUGUUAUGAAAGUGACGGUACUGAAGACAUGGAUGAUAAGGAGGAAGAUGAUGAUGAUGAUUUCUCUGAAGACAAUGAUGAGCAAGGGGAUGAUGAUGAUGAAGAUGAGGUGGAUCGGGAAGAUGAGGAGGAGAUCGAGGAGGAAGAUGAUGAAGAUGAUGAUGAUGAUGAAGAUGGAGAUGAUGUAGAAGAGGAAGAAGAGGAUGAUGAUGAAGAGGAGGAAGAAGAGGAAGAGGAAGAAGAAAAUGAAGAUCAUCAAAUGAGUUGUACUCGAAUAAUGCAGGACACUGACAAGGAUGAUAACAACAAUGAUGAGUAUGAUAACUAUGAUGAACUGGUAGCUAAGUCACUAUUAAAUCUUGGCAAAAUUGCUGAGGACGCAGCAUACCGGGCCAGGACUGAGUCAGAAAUGAACAGCAAUACCUCCAAUAGUCUGGAGGACGAUAGUGACAAAAAUGAAAACCUUGGUCGGAAAAGUGAGCUGAGUCUCGACUUAGACAGUGAUGUUGUUAGAGAAACAGUGGACUCCCUUAAGCUGUUAGCACAAGGACAUGGUGUUGUGCUAUCAGAGAACAUCAGUGACAGAAGUUAUGCUGAGGGAAUGUCGCAGCAGGACAGUAGAAAUAUGAACUAUGUCAUGCUAGGGAAGCCCAUGAACAAUGGACUCAUGGAGAAGAUGGUGGAGGAGAGUGAUGAGGAAGUGUGUCUAAGUAGUCUAGAGUGUCUGAGGAACCAGUGCUUUGACCUGGCCAGGAAACUCAGCGAGACCAACCCGCAGGACAGGAGUCAGCCACCCAACAUGAGUGUGCGCCAACAUGUCCGGCAAGAGGAUGACUUCCCUGGGAGGACGCCAGACAGGAGCUACUCGGAUAUGAUGAACCUUAUGCGGCUGGAGGAGCAGCUAAGCCCCAGGUCUAGAACGUUCUCCAGCUGUGCCAAGGAGGAUGGGUGUCAUGAGAGGGAUGAUGACACCACCUCAGUGAACUCAGACAGGUCUGAGGAAGUGUUUGACAUGACCAAGGGCAACCUGACUCUGCUAGAGAAAGCCAUUGCCUUGGAGACAGAGAGAGCCAAGGCCAUGCGAGAGAAGAUGGCCAUGGAUGCUGGGAGAAGGGAUAACCUGAGAUCCUAUGAGGACCAGUCUCCAAGACAGCUGACUGGGGAAGACAGAAAAUCCAAAUCCAGUGACAGCCAUGUCAAAAAGCCAUACUAUGGUAAAGAUCCCUCAAGAACAGAAAAGAGAGAGAGCAAGUGUCCAACCCCCGGGUGUGAUGGAACCGGCCACGUAACUGGGCUUUACCCGCAUCACCGCAGUCUGUCUGGAUGCCCGCACAAAGAUAGGGUCCCUCCAGAAAUUCUUGCCAUGCAUGAAAAUGUUCUCAAGUGUCCCACUCCAGGCUGCACAGGGCGAGGGCAUGUGAAUAGCAACAGGAACUCGCACAGAAGCCUCUCUGGAUGCCCUAUUGCUGCUGCAGAAAAACUGGCAAAGGCCCAAGAGAAACACCAGAGCUGUGAUGUGUCCAAAUCCAACCAGGCCUCAGACCGAGUCCUCAGGCCAAUGUGCUUUGUCAAACAGCUUGAGAUUCCUCAGUAUGGCUACAGAAACAAUGUCCCCACAACCACACCACGCUCCAACCUGGCCAAGGAGCUCGAGAAAUAUUCCAAGACUUCGUUUGAGUACAACAGUUACGACAACCAUACUUAUGGCAAAAGAGCCAUAGCUCCCAAGGUGCAAACCAGGGACAUAUCCCCCAAAGGAUAUGACGAUGCCAAGCGGUACUGCAAGAAUGCCAGCCCCAGCAGCAGCACCACCAGCAGCUAUGCACCCAGCAGCAGCAGCAACCUCAGCUGUGGUGGUGGCAGCAGUGCCAGUAGCACGUGUAGCAAGAGCAGCUUUGACUACACACACGACAUGGAGGCUGCACACAUGGCAGCCACAGCCAUUCUCAACCUGUCCACACGUUGCCGUGAAAUGCCACAGAACCUGUCCACCAAGCCACAGGACCUGUGUACUGCCCGGAACCCAGACAUGGAAGUGGAUGAGAAUGGCACCCUGGACCUGAGCAUGAACAAACAGAGGCCUCGAGACAGCUGCUGCCCAGUCCUGACACCCCUGGAACCCAUGUCCCCCCAGCAGCAGGCAGUGAUGAGCAGCCGAUGCUUCCAGCUGAGCGAGGGGGAUUGCUGGGACUUGCCUGUAGACUACACCAAAAUGAAGCCUCGGAGGGUAGAUGAGGAUGACCCCAAAGAGAUUACCCCAGAAGAUUUGGACCCAUUCCAGGAGGCUCUGGAAGAAAGAAGGUAUCCAGGGGAGGUGACCAUCCCAAGCCCCAAACCCAAGUAUCCUCAGUGCAAGGAAAGCAAAAAGGACUUAAUAACUCUGUCUGGCUGCCCUCUGGCGGACAAAAGCAUUCGAAGUAUGCUGGCCACCAGUUCCCAAGAGCUCAAGUGCCCCACCCCUGGCUGUGACGGUUCUGGACACAUCACUGGCAAUUACGCUUCUCAUCGAAGCCUUUCUGGGUGCCCAAGAGCAAAGAAGAGUGGCAUCCGGAUAGCACAGAGCAAAGAGGACAAGGAAGACCAGGAGCCAAUCAGCUUGUCAGGAUGUCCAAGAGCCACAUCAGCAAUGAAGAAAGCAAAGCUGUCUGGAGAACAGAUGUUGACUAUCAAGCAGCGAGCCAGCAACGGUAUAGAAAAUGAUGAAGAAAUCAAGCAGUUAGAUGAAGAGAUCAAGGAGCUUAAUGAGUCCAAUUCCCAGAUGGAGGCUGACAUGAUCAAACUCAGAACUCAGAUCACCACAAUGGAGAGCAACCUGAAGACGAUCGAGGAGGAGAACAAAGUCAUUGAGCAGCAGAAUGAGUCGCUCCUGCACGAGUUGGCCAACCUGAGCCAGUCCCUGAUCCACAGCCUCGCCAACAUCCAGCUGCCUCACAUGGAUCCAAUCAAUGAACAAAAUUUUGAUGCUUACGUGACUACUUUGACGGAAAUGUAUACAAAUCAAGAUCGUUAUCAGAGUCCAGAAAAUAAAGCCCUACUGGAAAAUAUAAAGCAGGCUGUGAGAGGAAUUCAGGUCUGA